UUAUCACCGCUUCUAGCUGCUUAACGUGGAGGCUUCUUUAUCUCGGGACUGUGGGGCGCAGUGGGGGCGGGAUAUACAGUUGACUGACGUCAAUAGCAACCACUCGUCAAGCAGAAUGAACUUGAAGAACAGAUAAUCCUACGAGUUGCAUCUCAAGAAAAGGCUGUUAUCCCAACUCCUUACUCCCAUUGGAUUUUUGCGAGCCCUCGAGGGUGAGAGCUUUUGGCGGCAGCCAAUCGAGGGUCAGCGAGGAGGAGGAGGCGGGGCAGGUGGGCUAUGGUUACCUAGUGAGUGCGUUAGGCGCUGUACUUGUGGCCGGAGGAGAGCCGGGUCGUCUUACCCUGAUCCCGCUGGGUAGGGCUGUGCUGAGGGGCUGGGCGGGGAGCACAGACCGUGUCCGCUCUCUUGCACCUUUUCAGACUGCCGUGUCGGGCCUCGAGCCGGGCCCACCGGGAGCCCUCCCCUGCCCACCCGCCCCCAGCGCCUGAUUUUCGCUCUCAGCCCAGAAGGGCCGGGUUUGGUCAUCCCCAGUCCCGUCGCGGCCACUGGCCCUUGAGAUCAGCCCUCCCCACCUUCCCGUCCCAGGCCAGCCCAGGGCCCGAAGCGCACCCACCCGCGCCUCUAGCAGCCGCUCUUGUGCUCUGGGUACGGCUCGCGGGAGUGUUGGUUACCAUGGUGAAGCUGGCAGCCAAAUGCAUCCUGGCAGGAGACCCAGCAGUGGGCAAGACCGCCCUGGCGCAGAUCUUCCGCAGUGACGGGGCCCAUUUCCAGAAGAGCUACACCCUGACAACAGGAAUGGAUUUGGUGGUGAAGACAGUGCCAGUUCCUGACACGGGAGACAGUGUGGAACUCUUCAUUUUCGACUCUGCUGGCAAGGAGCUGUUUUCGGAAAUGCUGGAUAAAUUGUGGGAGAGUCCCAAUGUCUUAUGUCUCGUCUAUGAUGUGACCAGUGAACAGUCCUUCAACAACUGCAGCAAGUGGCUGGAGAAGGCUCGGGCCCAGGCUCCAGGCACCUCUCUCCCAGGUGUUUUAGUUGGGAACAAGACAGACCUGGUCGGCAGGCGAGCAGUGGACUCAGCUGAGGCCCGGGCAUGGGCGCUGGGCCAAGGCCUGGAAUGUUUUGAAACAUCCGUGUGACCAUCCUGCUGACCCAAAGAAGGUCCCUACAGACAAGUGGAAGAACAGUCCACGGUGAUCACUGCCCUCCCAGGCAAGCGAGGAGUGGGGAAGUAAUGUUCAUUGAGGGCCUACUGUGUGCUAGGUGUUUUGCACACAUUAUUUGUUUAGGCUUCAUAACAGCCCUACAACGUAACACUCCUGUGUUGUACAGAUGACAGACUCAGAAAAGUUGUGUAGCUUGCCCUGGUCGCACGGUUAAACAAGGGCUAGAAACAGGACUAGGGGUCAGGCCUGUCCAGCUGGAAAACUUGGGUUUUCUAGAAGGGGUACCCUGGCCUCCCGCAGAGCCUGCUUUGGGACUCUGCAGAACACAAUUCUAGGCCAGACUGAACACUAGCCUGAACCUGCCCUGAGAAUCCCUCACUCUAAACAGACGUACUCCACAGCUGUCCUGCCUGGGUAAGCGAGAUGAUGAUUAGUGAUCAGACAAAAGGAUUCCUGUCAUUGGCAACCCUCUUCACGUAUUUGGAAAAUAGUUCAAUUUCCAUCUAUUUCAGAAGCACACCGUGGUGUCUAUUGAGGCUCACCUGCAUUGAAUUCCUUCCUUUUUAUGUUGAGAUCUCCCAAGAUUGCGUUUUUGAGUGUUUUCGAAUCCAUUUAGAAAUCCCUGUGCGUGCGCUAUGCAGGCCUCAGUCUUUUUCCAUUCCACUCUUAACUCUGCUUUUGACGGAAGCAGUGUUUUACCCCGACACUGGCAUUGCCUGGGACCUUGUGCUCUGCACAAACAGCAGCGCCCGGCAGGAUGUACUGAAUUCUUGCUCUCAUGUCCAGCUGGAGGUUGAUGGCCUUCAAGUCUUUGGCUGUUGGGCGCUUACUGUAAAUGUUCGUCCGGGCUACAAACGCUCCACUCUUUCCUCUACACUCUCUCAGCAUUGCCACCGCUGUCUUUCCUCUUGGCCAACUGUUUUAUUUGCUUAGGCUUUCCCUGUCUAGAAAGUCCAGGUAACUUUCUCCAAGGGACCUGGUUUCCUUCGCACAUUUCUCUCAUCCCAGCUGGCCUCGAGGAAACGUAGCUCUUCCCAAAUCAGAGAAUCUGGAUGCUGGGCUGGGCUCCGAACCAGCCAGCUGGGCCACUUCACCUGCUGGGCCCCAGACGACUCACCUGUGCAGCGAAAGCACCGCGCUUGAUGCCUUCUGUGCAGCGUUCUUCAGUUUGGAAAUCCUUCUGUUUCGCUGGGGAUAUUUCACGGCCUCUUCUCAAGGUUGCACUUUUGCCAGCUGCCAGGGAUCGUCUCAAAACAGGUCCUUAGUGCAUUCAUAGCUUGAGCUACUGUCUUGAAAGUAGUACAUUCCUUUUUCUGCCAGCUUGUUUCUGAAAAAGUUUUUGAAUGCACACGUGUCCCCACAGAGCGAGAGUGGCUGUGAAGUGAGAGGUUGCCGUUUCCGUUCGCCUCCAGCCUGUCCCUGCGCACCUGGAGGGGCCCAUUUUUUCCACCCCUUAGAUAAAAUCUAGGGCAAGUUCCUUAACUUCUCUUUUCUCUCUCAGGUAACAAAAAUUCUUUUCGGCCCCUUUAGUCACAAAAAUAGUCAUGAUUUCAGGUAUAAAGUGCCCAGCCCUGGGUGAUUGUCAAAAUUCUGAACUUCAUUUGAAGUCGCACCUCCUCUCACAGUCUUCGGGAGGGAGAGACCGGAGCCAGUAGUGCAGCGUGUUUGUUGGGGUCUGUCAUGGCCCGCUCCAUACCUGCUGGGUGGAUCCGGCUGGUGCCCCGUGGACGCCUCUGAGAUGCCCCUCCCCACCCCAUCAGUGGCGCUGUCUCACCUGCAGGCUGCUUCUCACAGGCGGUGCCCCCUCACCCGUCCUGCAGCCCCGGUUCCUGGCUGUUCAUUCUUAUUGGGAUCCAUCACCCUCCCUGAGGCGGUUCCAGCCGAGGCCCCUUAAGACAGCACCAGGCUGGCGCCACUUGGCCCCCGCUGGUCCAGGGAAGUGCCACUGCAGCCGUUUAGUUUGACAAAGGAGGCAGUGAGGCCGUCUCGUUGGCAGCCCUCUCCUGGCUUGCCCAGCUGCCACCUCACCUCGAUUCCUCCCAGGCCUGGGUCCAGCACCAGCCUAGGAAGAGGGUGCCCCGUGCUGUCUGGCUCUUCUUCGGGAUGGGGGGCUCCUGGUUGCCUGGUAUUUUGCUUUGGCGUUUGGAGCCUCAGUCAAAACUAAGACAGGAAGGGUCUCAUUUUCACAUCUCAUCACACAUACAGUGACUACAACUAAAAGCACAGGCUUUGUAGAAACAGACGUGGGUUCAGGCCCCAGCUCCACCAUUCACAAGGUGUGUGGCUUCCUGCAAGGUACCUUCAUCUCUGAGUUUCCUGAAUCCAUCUGAGUUUCCUUUUUGUAAAAUUGGCAUCCAUCAAAGUGGCUACCCCAAAGGGUAUGAGGAUGAAAUGAGGUGGAAAGUAGGUAGCCCCUGAAUGAGGGAAGCAUGGAGUGAGUGCUGGGCCU